AUGGGGAAGAGACGUCGGUCUUUGGAAGAUAUCUUCGCCACGACCUGUGCCGCCUGUAACCGGCCUUUUGAGACAGUACAAGGUCUUUCCGCCCACCAGACUGCCAGCCAGGGAUGUGCUUGGUAUAAAAAGGGCAAGUUGAAAGAAAUAUUCACUUUCGAUGUAUCCGAAGACGACGAAGACGACGAAGCACUGACCGAAGAAGCGGAGGCAUCGUACGAAUUUACCGCAGUUGUUAGCCGGAGCACCUCAAGUGACGAUUUUUUUACAGGAGCCUCUUCAAGUAGUUCGGGAGCUUCCUCCGCUCAAUCCCGCCGAACCGCGCUCACUCUGGACGACAACGCUGAUACCCGAGUUGAGGAUGUGAACGAGGAUGCGGCGCAUGUGGUCCGAACUGAUGAGGCUAUACUCGAGAGGUGGCGGAAACAUAGACGGAAACAGACGCCUUCACAGCCAGACGACGGAGAGAAUAACGUGGACGACGACCCGCCUAAUCCUUGGGCGCCCUUCGAAACCGAGAUGGAUUGGAGCUUCGCGUCGUGGGCUGUACAAGAAGGGCUCAGCAGAGGGUCCGUGGACAGAGCGUUGGCAAUUCCUGGGUUCAAAGAAAGACUGGGUCUUUCUUACCACAACUCUUACGCAUUAUUGCAACGGGUCGACUCGCUUCCGGAGAGGGCGGAGUGGAAGGAAAGAUGGUUGACGUUCAAGGACCGACCGAACGAAGAACAUCUGGUUCAGUAUCGCGACAUAAUCGAGGCAAUACGAACAUUGCUAGGCAAUCCCGAGCACGCUGACCAGAUCGUCUACCGGCCUCGACGCAUCUUCUCCGACGCAUCUCGUACAACUCGCAUAUACAACGAGAUGUGGAGCGGUCGCUGGUGGCAUGCGGUGCAGGUGCGUAGAAUAUAUUGA